GUGCAUGUGUGUUCAUCAGUAACAGGGUGGAUUUAUGUGACAGUUUCUGAGUGUUUCAGCUCGAUUGUGUCAGUGUGAAAGAGACCAAGAGAAAGAUGUCUGGAACACGCAUCCUCUGCUGCCAUGUCACCACUGCGACCAUCUCAUUUGCUGUCUUAUAUCUGAUUGCUAAUGUGCUGAAAUUGGUGAACAUCAUCCUAAUGGUUUCAUUGGACAAAGAGGCAUUUUCUGUCCCCUAUCAUGACUCAAAGAUUACCAGGGGUCAGCGUGUCUUUGACUUCAGCACUAACAUUCUGACGCUGGUUCUGAUGUCGGUCUCUGCUGUGCUGGUCCUGUUCUCUAAACGCAAGGGCCCGAUGUUUGUGCUGCCUUUUGUGCUGAUGAUGUUUGUGGAGCUGAGUCUGAGUUUUCUGUACCUGUUUGACGGAGCCUGGGGUCUGCCAGGGACCCCCAACUACAAAGACAUGCUGCAUGUUGUAAAGAGUCUGAAGAGAGUCGAUCGGUUGAAUGAAGAGGAACUUGGCCACUUCACCAUGUCGUACUCAGUUCUCUAUAUGCUGUUCAUUCUGCUGAAGGUGUAUGUCCUUCAUAUGUCAACGAGGUGUUUCUAUGCCCUGAAAGCAGAAAGUAUGGCUGCCGUCAGUGUUGACACUGGAAAUACUGUGACAGUGAAGCUGCCUUCUUAUGAUGAGGCUCUCAAGAUGAGAACAGAAGACACCCCCCCCUUCCUAUCAGGAGGCUUAAAUUGAAUGCAUGCUUCAGGCAUGAAUUUAUGAUGCAAAAUGCAAAAAAAAAAAAAAAACGUUGGAUUUAAACCAGCACGCAUAUUAACAUCCACAUGCAACAUAAACAGACAUGGCUAUGCUUACAUCUAUGCUUUUACAAAAUAAAGGUAAUUUUUAAUUUA